AUGGGCUUGGAGACCAGCUGCUUGGUGCAGCCAGGUGCGCCGAGGCACCAGAUCGGCGGCUACACGUCCACAGGUUGCUUUGUGCCGGGCAACAGCUGCAUGGGCCCGGGCAGUGCUUGCAUGAAUCGCCAAGAUGCCCGGAAUGUCAAGAACGGCGAGGCACGGUCAAGUGCUCGCGGUCAUGGUCCACUCCUCGAGUCGCUGACGCUGCGGCCAUUACCGACGGGAAGUCCGUUUUGUGGACCUGACCGCGGCGUGACCCUCGAGGCAAAGUAUGCAUCGUCUGAAGAGGCAUGCAAAGCUGCGAAAAAGUCUGCAGUGUCUGGCGAUGCCCAGCAGGCUCUGGUCGCAUACUCGCAUGCUUUGGAGAUGGAUGAGAACAACCCCAGUGUCUGCGAUGACUUCGGGCAAUUCCUCUUGGCACACGGACAAUUGGCUGGUGCGGAAUACCUCUUCACCCGGGCUGUGUCUCUGGAUCCACAGAACGCCCAGUACUGCUACCGCAAAGGAGUGGUGCUGCAGCAGCAGAGGCAACUGAAGCAAGCCGUAGAGGCUUUCACUGCAGCCUUGUCCUUGAAACCUCAGUUUGUGGGGGCCUUGUUCAACCUGGGGGUGGUGCACCGUGAAAUGGGACAGGUAGCAGUGGCCGCUGAGCAGUUCAAGAGGCUACUACAACUCAACUCUGAGGACCACGUGAGAGUUCGAUGGAGUUGCAACGUCUCUGCAAGUUUUUUGCUGGCAUCAAAUCUUGAAUAG